AUGGGCAGAUGUACAGAUGCUGCUUCAAUGAAUGUGUUACGGAAGCAGCAUUGGGCUGUCUCGCAGAUUUUGAGUGGGAUGACGUUGAAUGACGCACCAUCUA